AUGCUUCUCGUUGGUCAGCACAGCGUGGCUUGGGUCUUGGCUGUGGGCCAGGAGCAACAGUCGAUCCUGUCACUUUCUGACUUUGCCAAGGGCCUUGUCGGCGGCUUCACUCACUCCUUGACGCUGGUUCGACUUGCAACUGCUGCCGUUUGCGCCCACCGCUCUCCUGUGCUGUGUCCGAGAGCCAAGGACACAAGAUUGCGCAAUGAAACGCUGUUGAUGGACGUCCAGUUCUGCCAAGGCUGUAGCGUCACCUGA